GUUCUCAGCAUGGGCAGAAUCUCCUUCCUAUAAUCCCCAACUCAAUUUCUGAAGAGAUGAAUGUUAUCCUCACUGCCAAUGUGGAUGAAGAGACCAUUAAGCAUGCAGUUUUCAGUAUCAACCCUGACAAGGCUCCUGGAGAAGAUGGCAUGACUGGCCUCUUUUAUCAACACUUCUGGCCUUUGCUGUGUAAGGAUAUUUGUGUGGAAGUUCAGAGUUUCUUUGACUCUAAACAACUACUCAGCUACUGGAAGCAUACUUUAAUCACCCUUAUUCCUAAAUGUGCCAAUCCUGUAUCCAUUACCCAAUUCAGGCCUAUCAGCCUCUAUGCAGUCAUUUAUAAAUUAAUUUCUAAAAUUCUUUCUCUAAGGUUGAAACAGUGUCUGCAUCUUUGUAUCUCUGAAAACCAAAAUUCCUUUAUCCCUGGGAGACAGUUAUUGGAUAAUGUUGUGAUAGGACAUGAGGUUUUUCAUUUCUUGAAUAGACACAGGAGUGGUAACAAUUCCUUUAUGGCUCUGAAAUUGGAUGUGGUGAAAGCUUCUGAUUGUGUGGAGUGGAAAGCGGUGCAACUCACUAUGCUUAGGAUGGGUUUCCAUAGACUCUUUGUCCAAUGGGUUAUGGUCUGCAUCUCUAACCCCACAUUCUCAUUUAAUCUCAAUGGCAAGAGCUGUGGAUACAUUACUGCUUCCAGAGGAAUUAGGCAAGAGGAUCCUCUAUCCCCUUAUCUAUUCCUUUUAAUCUCUGAAUUGCUCUCUGCCAAGCUCUCUAAGGAAGCCUCUGAAGGUAGAUUCAAUGGGAUCAGAGUGUCAAGAUAUGGGCCUAUGUUGACUCAUCUGAUACACUGGAUCCUUUCCAAAAUUGGCCAACAAGUUGCAUUGAUUCCUGGCAUUAAUAGGAACUUUAAAUGGGUCAGAGAUUUACUGAAUGUGGAUGGAACCAACUGGGAUGCUACAAAAGUGAAAGCCUUUUUCCCUAAGAAGUGGAGUAAUGAUAUUCUUUCUAUUGCCACCAUUGAUCCCAACAGAGAAGAUGAGUGGAUAUGGAGGCUUCACAAGAAGGGUAUGUUUUCUGUUCAUUCCACUUAUGCCCAUCUUAUCACUGAUAAGUUCCUGAAGCUAUGCAGACCCCAAGGAAGCUUAGCCCUAACUAUUGAUCUCAAAGUCAGAAGAAGGAGUUGGCAAAUUAAAGUAAUGGGCAGAAUUAAACACUUCAUCUGGAGAUGCUGCAAUGGUGCUCUCCCUGUCGGUUCUCAGCUACAUCA